UAUACAUGGCGGCAAAAAUUUUGCAACCAGAGUUAUGUUCUCGAAUAGCCAUUGUUUAUAGUUUUGUGUCCGGCAUCUUUCACGAGUGAAUGGUAUAAUUUUACCGGGGAAACAUGCAGUUUGAUGUUAGAAGGUUUGAUGUUUAUAGAAAAGUUCCAAAGGAUUUAACAGAACCCACACUGACAGGGGCAGUUAUCUCAAUAUGCAGUUGCCUGUUCAUAGUAUUUUUGUUGUUAUCAGAGUUUUACAGCUUUAUCAACACAGAAAUUGUUAGUGAGCUGUUUGUAGAUAACCCAACAGAAAAUGACCGAUUGGAUGUGAAAUUAAACAUAACUUUGCCAAGAAUGAAGUGUGAACAUCUUGGUCUGGAUAUCCAGGAUGAAAUGGGACGGCAUGAGGUUGGUUUUCAGGAGAAUACCCACACUGAAGAAACAAAUCAUGGAGAAGGAUGCGUUUUCUCCUGCAAGUUCAAUAUAAACAAGGUUCCUGGUAAUUUCCAUGUGUCCACCCAUGGAGCAGGUGCACAGCCAGAUAAUCCAGAUAUGGCACAUCACAUCAACUCUCUUAAUUUUGGAUCAGAAAUCAGGGAUAAACUUCCUGGUGCUUUUGUGGCUCUUAAAGGACGAAAUAAAGAAGAUGUUAAUAGUUUGUCUUCGCAUGACUAUGUAUUGAAGAUUGUACCUACAAUUUACGAGAAACUGGAUGGAAGCACAACCUUUACAUAUCAAUAUACCUGGGCUUAUAAGGAUUAUGUAGCUUAUGGACAUGGCGGCCGGAUUCUGCCAGCAAUUUGGUUUCGCUAUGACUUGAGUCCGAUUACCGUCAAAUACGUGGAGAGACGCAAACCGCUUUAUCAUUUUAUCACUACGGUUUGUGCUAUCGUGGGAGGGACUUUCACUGUGGCAGGAAUUAUUGAUUCCAUGAUAUUCACUGCAAGUGAAUUGUUUAAAAAAGCACAGCUUGGAAAAUUAAGUUAAUUUAGGCCAGUAGAAUAACCGUUAACUGAAAAGUAACAUCGUAGUUUCUUUUACCGUAAUGUUUCCUUUGAAGUUUUCAGAAGAGAUACCGUUGAUUUAUCUAUUUAUUCCUUUGGAACGUUUUGUAUCGCUCUCAAAGGGAGCUAAACUCAAGUGUUGGUCGUUUUAAACCUGAAGACAUUUGAAUUUAUGGGUUUUAGUUUUUUGUUUGUUUACGUACACCUAUAUAUCGGGUUUAUACGAGUAUAUUCACAGAGGUUGUUACUGCGAGUUUAACCGUUAUACUAUUAUUCAAGUUCUCGAAUGGAUAUAAAGGUUAAAUAGUUUUUUUUAAGAUAGUUAACAACUAUUCACCUCAGUGUCAGUGGUUAGUGGCGGAUAUUUACCUUAAAUAUCCGCCGCUAAUCACUGACACUGUGGUGAAUAGUUGUUUACACCACCAAAAAUUGACUUGAGUAAUUUCUUCGCUUGUCACGGAUGCAAACCGGGACGC